AAUUGCAGAAAGGAUUUAUAUAUAUGUAUAUAUAUAUACAUAUAUAUAUAUACACGAUAUACGUAUAUCGCGUCACGAGUCGGUAACGUAAUCCAUAUGGCUCUAUUUUAAAAACUUGAACAGAAACUCGGUGCCCCUUUAACCCGCAUUUUCCUUUAUCAAAAUAAUAUGAGAAGCGAUAAGCGACUGUCGCAACCGCUGGAACCGCACAUGACGUCGUCAAUGGGUAACAAGUUUGCGAGUAGUUGCACGAGCUCGUGGUGACUUUGCCAGAACGAGUGCGCAGUAACGCGAUGUAAGAAGUAGCUAGGAGGUAGAGAGGGAGAGGGUGUGUUCGAGAAAGAAACCCGAGGAACGAGGGCGUAUAAGCAAGGGGAGGUGGCAGGUUUAAGGAAAGGUAGAGAGAAGGAGAAGUUGGUCACAACCGUGAGAACAAAGGGGCGAAAAUAAGUGCCCUUUUUGGAGGGUGAUCGAGGGUGAGGAGCAAGAAAGAGGAAGACGAAUCGGGGGAAUGCGUUUGUGUAGGUUUCGAAGGAGAUAAAAAGAGUGGAUGACUGUUAGGAGGAAAGAGAAAGAAGUCAGGCGAUUCGUUCCUUGCGGGUUAAGGAAAGAGUGGGAGAAUCGGAGCGAGAGAGAGAGAAAGAGCGAGAGCGAUAAGAGAGGAAAACAGAUAGAGAGAAAGAGAAACUACAAAAGUGUGAGCGCGAGAGAGGGAGAAACGAGAAGGACGAAACGCGCAGGAUGGCGCGAGGGAGUAGAGGGUGUUGGGGAGUGAGGGAAGGAAGGAGUGCGUGACGAGGAGGGUGAGAAGGUGGGGGGGAUAUAAAGAGAGGGUGAAGGGUGUAGUGGGGACUAUUGGGUAGGUGGCGGUGGUAGGAUUGCGGGAGGUUGUGCGCGGCUCGACUUCGGUGGUUCGGUUGAACGAGGGCGCGCAAACGGGCGGGUGUCGCGAGCGUUGCAAAGCGGUGAAGGGUACCACGAACGGAAAGCACGGUCGUGGCGCUAGGCGGGCGUAGGCGAGGUUCCGUGACGGCCGUUCGGUGGCGCAGCAGGAAUUCCCAGCACGGCAGGCACCGGGUUGGUCAGCUACGUGGUGUUCGUGCGCCUCUCUCUCUAUCGGUGUGUAUAUGCGCGAUUUGCCCCGAGUCCGCGCCUCGACUUGAUGACAUGGCGUCCUAGCGCUGCACGGGCCAAGUCGCACGUCCUCGGUGGAGAGGCUCUCACCCCGUCGUCGAAUCAACUGCAUCCCAGGAUGCCAAGAAUCGAGCUGUUCCGGAACUCGGGUGUCAUCGGGAAAAACCGGGCGGUGUCGAUAAGCUGAAAAAUGUACCGUGCGCUUCGAGCUCGUUUCGUCAAACCAGAUCACGAGAAGGAAGGAUAUGAUAAAUUGUGGCCGAUGAGGAAAAGAGCACGAGCACGAGCACGAGCAGGAGCACGAGCAAGAAGAGCAGCAAGCGGCUUCGUCGGGGAAGGCGAGAAGAGGCGACGACGAGGCGGCACCGGGAAUACCGAUAAAAAGAUCAACACUAGAUCUGAUGUUAGCGGACAUUAACGGUAACUUGGCGGAUCUGAGAAGCGAAGCGAUGGCGUCGCAGAGGUUUUGUCUGCGUUGGAACAAUCAUCAAAGUAAUCUACUCUCCGUUUUCGACCAACUGCUCCAUGACGAGUCGUUCGUCGACGUCACGCUGGCCGUCGAGGGCCAGCUGCUCAGGGCACACAAGAUGGUGCUGUCGGCGUGCAGCCCCUACUUUCAGGCCCUUUUCGUCGGCCACCCCGACAAGCAUCCGAUAGUCAUCCUGAAAGACGUCCCCUACGUGGACAUGCGGAGCCUGCUGGACUUCAUGUACCGGGGGGAGGUGAGCGUGGACCAGGACAGGCUGACCGCCUUCCUGAGAGUGGCGGAGUCGCUGAGGAUAAAGGGCCUGACCGAGGUGAACGAGGACAAGUGCGACUUGCCCAGUAUUACCUCCUCGUUGCUCGGCAAUCAGAACGCGGUGCCCCCGCCGCCGCCGAACCUGCACAGAAUCAACCAAAUCGGGCCCCACCACCACGUGUCCCAGAAGAGGAUGCACCACAUGUCGAGCCACCCGCUGCUCGGCUCGGCCCUGUCCGCGCCCAAGAGGAAGAGGGGGAGGCCGAGGAAGCUGAGCGGCUCCUCCGACACGCCGAUAAGCGAGCUCUCGGCCCAGGAGCUGCACUCGGGGGCGGACCUCGUGCAGGGCUCGCCCGAGAUGAUGGAAAUGAAGAUGAGUAUCGACUUUCAGGCGGAGGGAGCCGGCAACGCCGGCAGGAGUUCAGCGGGCAGCGCGGCCGCCAGCAACGCCGCCAACUCGUCGGCCGCCGCCAACCUCCCCGCCUCCUCCUCCUUGCCCUCCGCGCGAAAGGACGAGCCAACGGAAAAUGGCACCGACACGCCCGAGUCGCUGACGCCGCGCGUGAAACGGGAGCCCGAGCCGACGCCCAGCACCUCUGCCCAAGCCUCCGACGAGACGUUCGCGCGGCCGCACAGUAGACAAGGGAGCGAAGGUUUCAAGCAAGACUCGGAGGAGACGUCGAGUGGCGGUGGCUCCCAGUCACCGACUCACAUUCGCAUCAACUUCGAGCGUUGCUUUCGCAAGGAGUACAGCGCUUCGUCGCUUCAAGGGAAGACGCAGUCGUCGUCGUCGGCUGCCACCGCGUCGAUGGAGGACUCGCAACAAUACUCCGACUCCGAGUCGGAGCAAAAGGUGUCGAAAGAGAAUUUGAGCAGUGCCAUAUUUAAUCUGGUCGCCGGCGAGUCGGAGAUCAGCCAGAGCGACUUCGAGGGAUCGUUCAAGGUGGAGAACGAGAGAACGGAAGGCUCUGUACGGGACUUCUGCGUGAAAGAGGGCGACGUGUACCGGUGCACCGUAUGCCAUCGUACCUACACACACAUCAGCAAUUUCUGCCGGCACUACGUCACCUCACACAAGCCUAACGUCAAGUACUAUCCGUGUCCGGUUUGUUUUAAGGAAUUCACGCGGAAAGAUAACAUGGUCGCCCACGUUAAAAUCAUACACAGCCUUAAGCCGCACAUGAGUCUUAGCAGCAGUGGCAGCGGUAGCAUGGGCCAGCAACGGUAGACCGCUCUUCCCGCGCGCAGCAACACCGCAACCCUUCUCAGCCUACGUUCCCUGGCUCUUUCCCUUCGCUUUCUGCCUCUCGAGAAAUAAUAUAAUGCAAUUUACCGACGACGCUUCUCCUACCGCUCCUGGAGCCGUUGCUCGCAUCGUUGUCGCGUGCAAUCGUCGAUAAAGCGUCGAGCAUGAAUCGUUGAUCGAUUUCUCCGUCGUGGCGAGAGCCGGGGAACGUUGCGCGAGCAAGUGGCAGAGCGGAGAGUACCGCCGAGCGCUGAGAAAAGCUCAAGGAAGAUGCGAGUCGCGUAUACCGGACGAACCCAUGGCUGUAAAUAAAUUUAAAGAAAAGAAAAAGUACGAGAAGAAAAGUUGCAACGUUUCGAACGAACGAAAAGAGAACGAGUAGUAAUCGCGUUGAUGAGACGUAAAGAUUUUGGGGAUAAAAUUAUCGUAGAGACGAGACGAGGGAAAAGGAUUAUCCCGUUGAUGGAUAUGAUGAAUCAUUGUUAAGAUAGUUGUACAUUUCUUCAUUUUUAUACACUUGACGAACGUUCGAUAAGCGAGAAAUACAGGGCAUAACGAAAAAAGUUGAAUCCGAAAAAAUAAUUAUACGUAUAAAUAAUAUAUAUAUAAAUAUAUAUAUAUAUAUAUCGUUGUUCCAUGACCGAAUGGAGAAGUAUAUUAAUCGUGGACCAUGUAUUGCGUCUGUUGCAGCUCAAAACAAUUUUCUCCAUUUCGAGUGGAUCAGCAACAGGAAAUAAAAUGAAUUUUUUAAAUCGAGGAAUAUACAUGAUAUUAAAUGUAGCAGCUAGUGAAAUCAAAUUGCAAAUCGAAUACAGAGUACCUCCUAUUCCCUAUAUAUAUAUAUAUAUAAAAUGAUAUAUAUAUAUAUAUGUAUAUAUCAAUAUGUAAUACUGCUAGUUUUCUCUCGAUUCGUUCGAAAAUUGUGGCUCUUUCGGACGAAACCGGCUGGGUCUGUGUGUACUCUCAUCCUGUUUCGUGAACCGAAAGCUCCCUUUCUCCGAAGAAGAAGAAUACAUUUUUUUUUCGUGCGCGUAACACGCAACGGGCAUUAAGUUACAAACGAAACGAGCUUUACCGCGUUCCUUCCCUUUAAGGGAGUCGCGGAUGUUAUACAAAUGAAAAGAAAAAGAAAAAAAAGAAAAAGAAAAAAAAAGUAAGAAAGAAAGAAAGAAAGAAUAUUGCGCGUACAAAGAGUUUAUAUAUAUAUAUAUAUAAAUAUAUAUAUAUGUGUAUAUAUAUAUAUGUAUAUAUGUAUAUAUAUAUAUAUAUAUAUGUAUGAUUGAACCGGUGUACUCGUUUAGUCGUCUCAACUAGUAGUUCUGCGACGACGGGGUCGAUCAAAGAAGAAAGACGAAGAAAGGAAGGAAGAAAAAAAAGAAAAAAGUAAUAAGCAAAGCAAUCGCAGAAGGAACGUGAGUCCAAAUCAACAAAGAAAAUAUAUUUACUAUUGUGUGACUAUUAUAUUACGGAGAGAAUCAAACGUGUCGCAUGUAGCAUCGGAGAAAAUAUGCAUACAUAUAACGUUUAUUACGAAGUAUAUAUAUAUAUAUAUAUAAAAAAAAGAAAAAAAAAGAAAAAGAAAAAAAAACGGCGGUACAUGCACACACAAUAUAAAUAAGGGAACCACGUAGACUGAGUAAAUGCAAUAUAUAUGUACGAUGACCGUUCGCCAUGUUGUUGAGCCGUUGAGCCGUGUGUUGUCGAGCUGUCGAGCCUGAUUCGAAGUUAUAUAGUAGCGUAAUAGAGGGAGCCAAGGUGGAGAUAAGUCCGCGGUUAGGCCAAUGGAAAGAGAUGGAAAUAGUUAAAUGGGGAAAUUAAUGGAACGGGACAUGCAAUUCUUGAAAGACUGCAGAGGGACGGUUUUAACGACACCAAAUACAAGAUAGUACUGACAUUGGAUAGACUGAAGGCACUUUAGUAGUAACUUAACGCCAUAUCGUACUGUACCGUACUCUAUUGAACAAAACAAAACAAAAAAAAAAAAAAAAACAAAAAAAGGGAAGGAAGGAAGGAAGGAAGGAAAGGAAGAAAGAAACAAGGAAAAAUAAGAUAUAAGAAUAAUUUGUGCUUAGCCAGUACAACUGGACCACAGUUUUACUGCUAUAUAUUCUAUAUAUUCUGUAUAUUAUAUAUAUUAUAUUAGAGAAAGCAUGAAUAUUUUAUCGUUACCCGCAAUAAUGAGUAACAAUACGUUCGUUUAUUUCUUGUUUCAACUAUAGGAACGAAUCGUGGAUGUUUAAAUCUAUUCUAAUGUAAUUAUUGUUCCGAGGGAAGCAAAAGUAUACGUUUAUUGGAACGAUUAUAUUAUAAAUUUGUUACGUGAAUUGAUAAUCAAUGAAAAUCGUGUUACGAUCUAGUAGAUUCUCUUUUUUGUAAAUAUUUAAAUUCUAAAUAACGUAGGGCAAGGAUGUGUUCGUGUCCAGGGUCAUAGAAAUAAUCGUUGUUAAAAAUAUAUCCUUGUCCUACUUGUUACCGAGUUUUUUACGCAGUCUAUCUGAUACAUCGUUUUCAAUGAAUUCAAUCGUUCAGAGAGAUCAUGCUAAAAAGAAAAAAAGGAGGAGGGGGAAGAGGAGGAAAUAAAAAAAGAAGAAGAAGAAAAAGAAAAGAAGAAGAAGAAGAAGAAGAAAGAAAGAAAGAAAGAAAGAAAAUUGAUAUAUAGUUCAUUUUCAUUUUAAUUUUUUUUUUUUUCUCCUCGAAGACUAUUAUUAUUACAGCGUAUAUACACGCGCCAAUAUACAGUCGAGUCGAUUAUCGAUUAUACUGUUCAAAAGGGAUACGGCUACAGUGAUGGUAUAUAGGCUUAGUCGUGAGAGACAGCACUAAAAUACGAUUGUAGCUUACUAUAUUUUGCACUUUACACUUUGUCGAAUCCUCUCUAGUCGGAUCUUCGUUCAUAGAUCGAGUUGUUAUUGUAUCAUGAACGGAACAAUGAUGAAUUCGGAGAGGAAGCGAAAACGAUUUAUAUACAAAUUUUUUCACUAGUUGGGCAUAGACAUUUAGACGACUAGAGGCUAUAUAAUAUAUAAUUAUAAUUAUAAAUAUUAUUAUUAUUACUGCUACUAUUAAUUAAUUGAUUAAUUAAUAAUCGUAAAACGGAGACCUUCGUUGUUAUUUUUAAAUGCGUGGGACUGUUUCCAAGGAGAUGGAACAGACGGAGGAAAAAGAAAAAGGAGAAGGAAGAAAAAAAAUGGAAGGAAAAAGAGGAUAGAUAGAGAGAGAGAGAGAGAAGGGGACACGUGACCCCGUUUACGAUCUUUCCUCGUGUCCCCACGACAAAUUGCCCACGAUUGACCAGUGUUGUUCGUUCGUUGUUCAAGAGGAUAUCUAGCGUUGCAAAGAAAUAAAAUGAAAAAUUUUUAGCUGUAAGGAAGAUAUAAUCGGGGGAAAUCGAUCGCGUGCGAGAUCGCAUUAUUCCCCUCCGGACGCGACAAUUUCCGCGUACUUUUAGGAAGAUAGAGAGAAUUAUAAUUAUUUAGUUAGGCAGGCAGCAAUGAUUUUAGAGGAGUAGGUAAAAGUAAAAAUGGUAAAAUUAAAAAAAAUAUAAUAAGAAACGAUGAUGGGGAGGGAAGGAAAUCUAUAAAGGGGGAAAAAAAAAAAAAAAUAUAUAUAUAUACACACGGAUGUUUCGAUGAUUUCUUCGGAUCGUAAUGGACCGUGCCGUUGACUCGCGAAUCGAUUAUACACAUACUCUCAGGUCAAUUAUCUUCAAAAUUUUUAAACUCUUUAUGGACCAAAGAGUAUCCACCGACCGGAGUUUCGGAAUUCGGUGGAUUAUUUUCGGCGGGGGGGGAGGAAAAAUUAGUGUGCGUGUAUAUGUAUAUGUAUGUAUAUAUAUAUAUAUAUAUAUUUUUUUGCUUUUUUGUUUGUUUGUUGUUUUUUUUUUUUUUUGACACGAAGAAAAAAAAGAAAGAAAAUUAUUGAACCAAUGGGAGAGCGGUCGAAGGCCGGUCUUUAUUUCUUUUUUUUUUUUCUUCUUUGGGGAAAAUUUUAUUGUUAUUGUGUUCGUUUGCGAUGGGUUUGAACGCAAAGCCCGUCCAAAAAAAAAAAAAAAAUCUUGAGAGAAAAGAAGGGGAUUAUCGAUAAAUAAUUGAUAUAUAUAUAUAUAUGAAUAUUAUAUUAAAGAGAGAGAAAAUGGAAACAAGUGCAAAGAGGCAGCGGCUAAACAGCUUAUAUCGAUUUAAAGAGGAAACAAAAUAAUAAUUAAUAAAAUAAUACACUCACAUUUGAUAAUCACUGAGAGGCUAAGACUAACUCAAUUUUAGAUGGCAGGCAAAGAAGGAAAGAUUCGUGUGGCAGAAAAGUGUGUCGAUUGUGAAAAAAGAAAAAAGAGAAAAAAAAAAAAAAAAAAGAAUGGUAAGUAACAGCGGAACAGAGCUCUCGGAUCGCCUAAAGAAAAGAAAAAAAAGAAAAAAAAAAAAAGAGAAAGAAAGAAAAAGAAAAAAAAAACAUAAAAUCGAUAACAAUGCCAAAAUUUGAUAACGAUAUCAAAUCAGUUAGGUUCAUCAGAUCAGGUUUUUCCCUUACUUUUUAAACGAUAGACCAAGAGAGAUGAUUUUUAGAUCAUGAUUUUUCUUUUUUAAUUUUUUUUUUUCCUUUUUUUUUUUUUUUUUAAUUUUUUUCCCCCUCUCGUUAUCGGGGGCUUUCCGUGAUAGCUCGUUUGGGAAAUCUAAUUUUAUUCGUCCGUUAAAAAGGAAAGAAAGGAGCGUUAGUUUACCCUAGUCGACUUUUACGUGAGAAAUCGCUCGAAAGAAGAAGCCGAAACAUUUUUUUUUUUUUUUGUGAGCCGAUCUUUGUUGACCAUGCGUUUUUUCUUUUUUUUUCUUUUUUUUUUUUUUUUAAUUUUAAUUUUCUCGCAUAAUAUAUAAUAUUGUUCUGUUGAAUAUAUAUUUUAAUCGUUGUUGAGGUACGCAAAAAGAAAGAAAGAAAGAAAGAAAGAAAGAAAAAAAAAGAAGAAAGAAAAAGAAAGAAAGAAAGAAAGAAAGAAAGAAAGAUGAUAUUUUUAAAUGUUUUUAUCCGUCGUUAAAGUUUUAUAUAAAGAUAGUUGCAGAGCAUUUGGACAAAAGAAAGGGACAAAAGAGUGUACAACGAUCGUAAUAACGCGUACACGAGUCGAGCCCGUAAUAUCUCUACUUACAUCGAAUUCCUUUUUUUUUCUUUUUUUUUUUUUUUUUUUUUUUUUUUCUCUAAAUGGUAUCUCAAGGCUCGUGAUCAGGGUAAAACUGAUACCUAAAAGUAAAAUUGUUGAAAUUUUUUAGCAAUCUUGAAGCUUGCUACGAAAAAUCUAAUCGUACUACAUUCGCUCACGUUCGUUGCCUUUUAAAUGUUGUUGAACUUUUUAGACUUAAGGUUGUAAAAAAAAAAAGAAAAAAAAAAAAAGUGGAAAUUCAUGUUGCCAAUCAGUAAAAGUUAUUAGUAGGAAGUUCGGAAGUUCGAGGUGGUGUUCUUAUAUAAGGAUUAAGGUUGUAACGAUACGAGAUCCUUGUAUUCGUACAAAAUUUAGUGUUCAAAUUGUAAAAAGUGUUCAUAGCGGGGAAAAAAAAAAAAAAAUAAUAAUAAUAUUAAAAUAAAAUAAAGUAAAAUAAAACGAAACACGUUCAAGUGUUUUAUCGAGGAAUUGCUUGUAAGAGAGUACCUUGUACUUGUGCUACGCGCAUACGUGUUUACCAAAAAAAAAAAAAAAAAAAAAAAAGGGGGGAAAAGAAAAGAAAAAAAAAGAAAAAAAAAGAAAAAGAAAAAAAAAGAAGUAAGGCAAAAUUAAAAAUCUUGCGAAGAAGAAAAAGAAAGAGAAAGAAAGAGAGAGAGAGAGAGAAAAAAAAUAUAUAUAUAUAAAAUUACAAUCAGGUCGAAUGAGAAAAUUACGAAUUAGAAUUAUAUAUAUAUCUGCAACUGUCUUCUACCUGUUUUUUAAAAUGAAUUUUUACUCGAAGCACAAGCGAAUUUCUCACGCUAAUCGCGGUUAGGAUCGAGGUGGUCUCGUUGCAAUGAGUUUUCACGUUGAAUAUAUUUUUAAUUAAUUUAUAAGUCUACGGACAUUGCGGGUGGGUUGUGUGGGGGAAAAGAAGAAAUACGAGAAGCAAGAAAAAUUUUACAUAGAUUAUAUAUAUUAUAUUAUAUUUAUAUAUGGCCCUUGCAAUGGCGGACAAACGAUACACUUUUCUCGUCUCUUUCGUUCGCCUCUUAUUUCGAAGGCGAAGGAGAGGGGAGGGAGGGGGGCAGCAGUCAAUAUCAUACCGAUUCUUCUUCUAAGUUUUUCUUUUCCUUUUUUUUUUCUUUUUUUUUUUUUAUAUUAUUAUUUCUACUUUUAUUUUUCUAUUUUCCACGCGCUAUUAUAUAUUAUAUCGGCAUAUAUAUACAUAUAUAUAUAGAUAUAUAUAUAUAUAUAUAUAUGUAUAACAUAGCCGCUCUUGCAAGAGGCCAUCGCGAGAGAGGGACAGAGAGAAAGAGAGGGAGAGAGAGAGAAAGAAAGAGAGAAAGAGAGAGAGAGAGAGAGAGAGAAAGAGAUAAAUUACGAGGCUUAAAAAGCAGACUGUACUCUAUCGGAUAGAUUUUAAUAUAUAUAUAUAUUAAAUAUAAAUAUAUAUAUAUACAUAAACAUAUAUAUAUAUAUAUAUAUUAAAAAAAAAAAAAAGAAAAGAAUCAUAGUUUAUUAUCAAGCAAAUAAAUUACACGCAUAUGUACACAGACACGUAUACAGAGAGAAACACAUAUACAAAGUACGCGACUGGCGUAAAGAUGGUAUAUAUAUAUGUAUAUUUAUAAAUAUAUAUACAUACAUAUAUAUAUAUAUACACACAUUAUUAUUAUUAUUGCGAUGAUUAUUAUUAUUAUUAUUAUUAAUAUUAUUAUUGCGAUUAUUAUUAUUAUUAAUAUUAUUACGAUUAUUAUUAUUAUUAUUAUUAUUAUUAUUAUUAUUAUUAUUAUUAUAUAUUAUAUAUAUAUAUAAACAAAAGUUAUAUCGAAUAUAUUUUAGCGCUAGUUGAUAAUACCUAUUAACGUCGUUGCAGUUUUUGAAAUGAUGCGUCAGAAAAUGAGAGUUAAAAAAAAGAAAGAGAGAGAGAGAAAAAAUAGAAAGAAAGAAAGAAAGAAAGAAAAGAAAAGAAAAGAAAAGGAAAGAAAAGAAGGGAGAAAUACGUGGUUGACUUUUAACUUUAUUAUAUUAUAUACGUUGAAUUAACGUACUUCAGUGGGAUCCAAUAAUAAAUACGUAGCGGUGUAAUCCCCGAUUUGGUGCCUUUUUAAGCGACAUAAAAUAAAAAACGACGAUGAAGAAAAGAAAAGUAAUAAGAAGGAAGGAAAAAACGGAGGAAAAAAAGAAAGAAAGAAAGAAAGAAAGAAAGAAGAAGAAGAAGAAAUAAAUUGUUAUCGAAGCCCGCGAUCGUAGGCGCGCAUGCGCGCGCGUGUGUAUAUCCCUUUUUUUAAAAGAAAAGCAAGAGGAAGAAAGAAAAAAAAAGCGCGCCCGAUGAUCGCAAUCUAGUGCCAAAUAAGUGAGACCUUGUCGUUGAAAUAACGAGCGUUAAAUAAAGGAAAAAUAAUAAUAAUAAUAAUUAUUAAAGAGAGAGAGAGAGAGAGAGAGGGAGAGAAAGUGAGAGAGAGAGAAAAAUAAAAGAAGUAAUAAUAAUGAAACAAGAUGAAAUUUUAUAGGGAAACUUUUUAGAGAAGACGAGUCUUUUCUGACGCUGGGUAGUCUUAGUAUAUUUUAUAUGCACUGAUUGUUUGAUUAUGACUAUCGAUAAUAAAAAGAACGGUGUUCAAUAGAUUGUAAUUGAAAGAUUUUUAAGUCUCGCUGUGUACCGACUUUUUUUUGUCUCAUACAUUCACAGUAUCCGUUGUUGCGCGCGCAAUGCAUACUCACUUUUUUAGAGACGUACUUUUUUUUUUUUUCUCUCUUCUUUUAAAAAUUCGUGUGCGUGCCUGCCUGCCUGUUCGAUUUUACGAGAUCCGCUCUCGCCGCGUAGUAGGCAUACAGCGUUUGCCCACGAGUAUAAUGUGUGUUUAAAUCGAAGCAUUUAAAUCAAACGCGAGGAAUCGCAUUUCGAGAGAAUUGGAAAGAUCUCGAAAAAUCGUAUUUGGCGUAAAAUCCAACGUACAAAAUAGCGCAUCGAAAGAUAAAAAAAAGAAAGAAAAAAAAAGUAAA